AUGUCCUUCAUCGCCGCCGCCCUCGACGGGCAAAUCGCCAAGCUGGCAGCUCUGGCAGACAACCCCGUCAUCCCUUACAAGGACGCCGUCGUGUACUUGACCGCCAUCCAGACAUGGUUUGAGCUCUACCUCAUGCGCCGCCAGAUCCCCAUGUACUCGAUCAGCUUCCCGCCACCCGAGCUCAAGGACCACCUCCCCAAGGAGACGUUUGACAAGGCCCAGGCGUACGGCCGCGACAAGCUGUACUUUGCCUUUGCGCGCACCUUGUUCGACUGGGGCCUGUCGUUUGGCCUCAUCAAGUCGGGCACGUACGCGUGGGCGUGGGACGCGACCGCCCGCUGGAUGGAUGCGCUUGGCCUGGAGCAGAGCCGCGUGAUCACCCACUCGCUCAUGUGGAUCACGACGUUGACGCUCAUCUCGGCGAUUCCCGGUUUCGGCUGGAGCUACUACUCCAACUUUGUCCUCGAGGAGAAGCACGGUUUCAACAAGUCGACUGUCAAGCUCUGGGUCAUGGACACGAUCAAGUCGACGGUCCUCAUGGCCGCCAUUGGCCUGCCGUUCCUCGCUGCGUUCCUCAAGAUCAUCGAGCUGGCCGGCAAGAACUUUGUGCCCUGGCUCAUGCUGUUCAUGAUCGUGUUCCAGCUCACCCUGCAGCUCGUCUUCCCCAUCUUCAUCCAGCCCCUGUUCAACAAGUUCACCCCCGUCGCGCCCGGCGAGGUGCGCGACCGCGUCGAGAAGCUCGCCACCAAGCUCGGCUUCCCGCUCAAGCACCUCUACGUCAUUGACGGCAGCAAGCGCUCGUCCCACUCCAACGCCUACUUUUACGGUCUGCCCUGGUCCAAGCAGAUUGUGCUGUACGACACUCUGCUCGACAAGAGCUCGCCUGCCGAGGUCGAGGCUGUGCUCGCGCACGAGCUGGGCCACUGGCACUUUUCCCACCCGACGUGGCUCAUGCUCAUCGCCCAGAGCCACCUGUUCUUCACCCUUGUCGUCUUCUCCAUCUUCAUCCACAACCAGACGCUCUUCAAGGCCUUUGGCUUUGACCCGCUCCUCGCCGUCUCGUCCCCACAGGGCGGGCCCCAGCCCAUCGUCAUUGGGUUCAUCCUGUACCAGCUCCUCUUUGAGCCCCUCGACACCUUUGUCAAGUUUUACAUGAACUCGACCACGCGCAAGUACGAGUACCAGGCCGACGAGUUUGCCGCGCGCCUGGGCCUGCAAAAGGACCUCUCGAGCGCGCUCAUCAAGCUCCACGUGGACAACCUGUCGUCGCCGCACAACGACUCGCUGUACUCGAUGUACCACCACUCGCACCCCACGCUGCCCGAGCGCCUGCGUGCCAUGGACGAGUACAAGGGCAGCAAGUGGCUGUCUCCCAAGGUCGAGAACAAGGAGCUCAAGAAGGAGUAG